AUGCGAAUACCGAAACGGAAUCAGGCUGGCCUAGUCCCGAUGUUCCACACCAGCGUGGCCACUGCCAGUAACCGUUCUAGAAACCUGCACCUGGAAAUUUUAAAUUAUUGGGCCAGGUCAGUAAGGGCUGGAGUCAAGCAUUUCUUUCUCUAUCUCGAUGAUGGGAUCUGCCAAAUGCCACCAAGCACUCUAAAAAAGUCUUCCGCCAACGUUGGGCAAGCUGACACUCCUGUCCCGAAUCACGUAUUUGGUAAGAAUCGGUCUACACUCGUACCUGGACAAAAUACAAAUUCCGAUCUGCUAGGAGUCUCCUACAGUAUGCUUACGGUAUGGCGCCACCACGUUAAGAGAAGAGAAAAUAUUUGCAAAGGUCAACGAAGCCCACUGUAAAAUGGCUGUUAAGGGGGGGAGGGAGAAAAGGGCAGAAAGAGUGGAAGAUAGCGAGAGUGAUUAAAUUGAAAACAUAAACACAUAAA